AUCACACCCUCAGGAGAGAGGAGCCAGCCCCCUUCCAGCCUCGGCUUCCGGCUCAAAGCAGACCCCCUCCCCCUUCUGCUGUCCCUCUCCCGGCCACUGCAUGUUAUCCGUCCUCUCCCUCAGCUCCGCAAUAUUUUCUUUCUGCCUCCCUCCUCUCCUCCAUUUGUUUCGUGUUUCCCACUCUUUGAGGAAGGAUGGUUGAUUUGGAGAGCGAAGUGCCCCCUCUGCCUCCCAGGUACAGGUUUCGGGAUUUGCUGCUAGGGGACCAAGGAUGGCAGAACGACGACAGGGUACAAGUUGAAUUCUAUAUGAAUGAGAACACAUUUAAAGAGAGACUAAAAUUAUUUUUUAUUAAAAACCAGAGAUCAAGUCUAAGAAUACGUCUGUUCAAUUUUUCUCUCAAAUUAUUAAGCUGCUUAUUAUACAUAAUCCGAGUUCUACUAGAAAACCCUUCACAAGGCGAUGAAUGGUCUCAUAUCAUUUGGGUGAACAGAAGUGUACCUUUAUGGGGCCUCCAGGUUUUAGUGGCCUUGAUAAGUCUAUUUGAAACAAUACUACUUGGUUAUCUCAGUUAUAAGGGAAAUAUCUGGGAACAGAUUCUACGAAUUCCCUUCAUCUUGGAAAUAAUUAAUGCAGUUCCCUUCAUUAUCUCGAUAUUCUGGCCUUCCUUAAGGAAUCUGUUUGUCCCAGUCUUUCUAAACUGUUGGCUUGCCAAACAUGCCUUGGAAAAUAUGAUUAAUGAUCUCCAUAGAGCCAUUCAGCGUACACAGUCUGCAAUGUUCAAUCAAGUUCUGAUUUUAAUAUCUACAUUACUAUGCCUUAUCUUCACCUGCAUUUGUGGAAUCCAACAUCUGGAACGAAUCGGAAAGAAGCUGAAUCUGUUUGACUCCCUUUAUUUCUGCAUCGUGACAUUUUCCACCGUGGGCUUCGGCGAUGUCACUCCUGAAACCUGGUCCUCCAAGCUUUUUGUCGUCAUUAUGAUCUGUGUUGCGCUCGUGGUCCUACCCAUACAGUUUGAACAGAUGGCCUAUCUGUGGAUGGAGAGACAAAAAUCAGGUGGAAAUUAUAGUCGACACAGAGCUCAAACUGAAAAGCAUGUUGUUCUGUGUGUCAGCUCAUUGAAGAUUGAUUUACUUAUGGACUUUUUAAACGAAUUCUAUGCUCACCCACGACUGCAGGACUAUUAUGUGGUCAUUUUGUGUCCUACUGAAAUGGACGUGCAAGUUCGAAGGGUCCUACAGAUUCCAAUGUGGUCACAACGCGUCAUCUACCUUCAAGGUUCAGCCCUUAAGGAUCAGGAUCUGCUGAGAGCAAAAAUGGAUGACGCUGAGGCCUGUUUUAUCCUGAGCAGUCGCUGUGAAGUGGACAGGACAUCUUCUGACCACCAAACAAUUCUGAGAGCAUGGGCUGUAAAAGAUUUUGCUCCAAAAUGCCCUUUGUAUGUCCAGAUAUUAAAGCCUGAAAAUAAAUUCCAUAUCAAAUUUGCGGAUCAUGUUGUGUGUGAAGAAGAGUUUAAAUACGCCAUGCUAGCUUUAAACUGCAUAUGCCCAGCCACUUCCACCCUUAUCACACUCCUGGUUCAUACCUCUAGGGGGCAGGAAGGCCAGCAAUCACCAGAACAAUGGCAGAAGACGUAUGGCAGGUGCUCUGGGAAUGAAGUUUAUCAUAUUACUUUGGAAGAAAGUACAUUUUUUGCCGAAUAUGAAGGAAAGAGUUUUACGUAUGCCUCGUUCCAUGCACACAAAAAGUAUGGUGUCUGCUUGAUUGGUGUUAGGAGGGAGGAUAAUAAAAACAUUUUACUGAAUCCAGGUCCUCGCUACAUUAUGAAUGCUACAGAUAUAUGUUUUUAUAUUAAUAUUACCAAAGAAGAGAAUUCAGCAUUUAAGAAUGAAGACCAGCAGAAAAAAAACAAUGUGCCACGGUCAUUUUAUCACGGACCUUCUAGGUUACCUGUACAUAGCAUAAUUGCCAGCAUGGGCACCGUCGCUAUAGACUUGCAAGACACAAGCUGUCGGUCAGCAAGUGGCCCUACCCUGUCUCUUCCUACAGAGGGAAUCAAAGAAAUCAGAAGACCCAGCAUAGCUCCUGUGUUAGAGGUCGCAGACACGUCCUCCAUUCAAACAUGUGAACUUCUAAGUGAUCAAUCAGAAGAUGAAACCACACCAGAUGAAAAAAUGUCCUCCAACUUAGAAUAUGCUAAAGGCUACCCACCUUACUCUCCAUAUAUAGGAAGUUCACCCACUUUUUGUCAUCUCCUUCAUGAAAAAGUGCCAUUUUGCUGCUUACGACUAGACAAGAGUUGCCAGCAUAACUACUAUGAGGACGCAAAAGCCUAUGGAUUUAAAAAUAAACUAAUUAUAGUUGCAGCUGAAACAGCUGGAAAUGGAUUGUAUAAUUUUAUUGUUCCUCUCAGGGCAUACUAUAGACCAAAGAAAGAACUCAAUCCCAUUGUACUGCUGUUGGAUAACCCGCCAGAUAUGCAUUUUCUGGAUGCAAUCUGUUGGUUUCCAAUGGUUUACUACAUGGUGGGCUCUAUUGACAACCUAGAUGACUUACUCAGGUGUGGAGUGACUUUUGCUGCCAACAUGGUGGUUGUGGACAAAGAGAGCACCAUGAGUGCUGAAGAAGACUACAUGGCAGAUGCCAAAACGAUUGUAAACGUGCAGACCCUUUUCAGGUUGUUUUCCAGCCUCAGUAUUAUCACAGAGCUUACUCACCCAGCUAACAUGAGAUUUAUGCAAUUCAGAGCCAAAGACUGUUACUCUCUUGCUCUUUCAAAACUGGAAAAGAAAGAACGAGAGAGAGGUUCUAACUUGGCCUUCAUGUUCCGACUGCCUUUUGCUGCUGGGAGGGUGUUUAGCAUCAGUAUGUUGGAUACUCUUCUUUACCAGUCAUUUGUGAAGGAUUAUAUGAUUUCUAUCACCAGACUUCUGCUGGGACUGGAUACUACCCCAGGAUCGGGGUUCCUCUGUUCUAUGAAAAUCACGGAGGAUGACUUAUGGAUCAGAACAUACGCCCGACUUUAUCAGAAGUUGUGUUCUACCACCGGAGAUGUUCCCAUUGGGAUCUACAGGACAGAAUCCCAGAAACUUACUACAUCUGAGUCUCGAGAAAUAACAUCACAAUCUCAAAUAUCGAUCAGCGUGGAAGAGUGGGAAGACACCAAAGACUGCAAAGAACACGGCCACCACCGAGGCAACCAUCGCAACUCCACAUCCAGCGACCAGUCGGACCAUCCCUUGCUGAGAAGGAAGAGCUUGCAGUGGGCCCGAAGACUGAGCAGAAAAGGUCCCAAACACUCUGGUAAAACAGCUGAGAAAAUAACCCAGCAGCGACUGAACCUCUACAGGAGGUCAGAGAGACAAGAGCUUGCUGAACUUGUGAAAAAUAGAAUGAAACACUUGGGUCUUUCUACAGUGGGAUAUGAUGAAAUGAAUGAUCAUCAGAGCACCCUCUCCUACAUCCUGAUUAACCCGUCUCCAGACACCAGACUAGAGCUGAACGAUGUUGUAUACUUAAUCCGGCCAGACCCACUGGCGUACCUGCCAAACAGUGAACCCAGUCGAAAAAACAGCAUCACCACCGCUGCUCAAGAUUCUCGGGAGGAAACUCAGCUUUGAUAAUGAGAAAACAAGAGACAUCUUUUUUCCUACAAGGACCUUGCUUGAAAGAACUCUGAAUCUUAGAGGAAAUUAAAGAAAAAAAGCAUUGCUGGCAUUACAUGAGUGGAAUAUAUUCAUAUCUCUCAUAUUUAAAAAAAUCUAUUCUCUUCGAAGUAUAGAUAAUUUUGAAAUUUAACCUACUGCUUAAUAUUUGAAAGACAUCAAUGGAAUCAGUUUGAAAACCUAAGUUAAAACACAAAAUUUAAAAUUUGAUAUUUAAUUGUUUGACAGUAAUCCAAACUGUAUGAAGCCAAUUUAAAAAGUACUAAGGUUUUAUGACAGGACACCAAAAGUCCAGAUAUAUUUGGGGCAUCGCAACAGACAUAGAAGAUUGUUGCUCCUCCUAAAAAUUAAAUGUGUCAUAUUAUAUUCUUUAAACUCGCUCUUUUAUAAAGCCGAGCUCAUCAUAAAUGUCUAAUCUUCUCUCCACAGAGAUGAACAAACAAACUUGCUGCCUGACAUUUUUGUAAGAACCAUGGUUCACUUUAGAAUAUAAAUCUUUAAGUCAUUUUAACCUAUUUUGUUGCCUUUUCACAUGAUAUCAUCUUUAUUUUAGAAUUUCAGAUGCUCAUAGCAUGUUUUAUUGCAUUGAAGAAAGCAAAACAAACAAAAAGAAAUAUCAAGUACGUGAACUUUUUGCUAACUUUAUGCCUGAGAUACACUGUAAGCCAAGAAAAAUGGACUAAAAAGCAAAUACUGAUUGUUCUCCUAAAAGAAUGCUUAACAUAGAUAAAAUACUUAAAACACAUUUGUUGACUUAAUUUAAUCUAAGAAUUGAGAUAGUAACUGAAGUAUGCAGUAAUGAUGUUCAUUACACUCUUGAGUUUUAAAAUUUUUCAUUUAUCUGUACAGAGUAUUUCAUUAGAAAGAUACUUUAAAAUUCAAAAAAGGAGAAUGACAUGUCUUAUGUAAUCCAAAGAAAUACUGAAACACUGGAAGUCCUCCUUUAUGCUUUUAGUAUUUAAAUAGUCAUACACUAAAACAA